AAAGAUGCCAUCAUCAAUGAGGAAGAUGUGAGGUAUUUCACUGCUGACAUCACUGAGCUCCUCACCCUGGAAGCUGGUAUUAUGGAGGACCAGACCAACACUGACCUUUGGCAGAGGCUGGCCAUGAAGAAACUCACUGAUCCCAACAAGUAAUUGGUUCUAACAUUACUUUCAGUCCAUCGUGGAGAAUGCAAUAUUUAAACAUUGUGGCUUGUUAGAAAUUUUAUUUUGAGAAAAGUUAAAUUGAACACUUUGAAGUUGAUCAACUAGAAAAUCCAAAACAAAUUUCUAUUAUUUUAUUUGAAUUCUGUUUAUUAAGAAAAACUUACUUAUUCUUAGCGGCACAUUGGUUACUGCUUACUUAAACCUCAAUAAAAACUCCAUAGCGGUGAUGUUAAUUUCUCGAGAUGAAUGUUGGACACAUGGAUGGAUUUGGACAAGUUGGCACAUUAAUUGUGGCACAGCAGAUUCUGCAAUUAUGAAUAACACCCUUGUUAUUUUACAAAAAUUGUGUUUUUAAAAAAUUUUUAAAUAACUGCUCGGGGCUAAGCCUCCUAAUCUAUUGAUUCAUUAUCUAUAUGAUCUUCUAUAUUACAGGUCACAGAAGCAAUGCUUGGACCAAGCUCUCAAUGUUUUAGCUCGUGGUUUGGAAGUUAAUAAGGAGAGUGCAGAACUCUGGCUGCUGUAUUUAAUCUUGUAUAAAAGACAUCCUGAUGUUAAGGAUUUUCUCCAGUUUUGCCAGACUGCAUUGGAAUAUGCUCCUUCAUAUGAUAUAUGGUUUUUGGUGAGGAUGAAAUUACUUAAAAUAAAUCGGGGCAAAAUAUGGUUUUGAUAAUUUUAUUGUUGUGGGUAAAGUUUUAUUUUCUUUUGUAAAAGUGACCGUCACCCCAAUUUUUUUUUUAUCUUGUUCGCAGUACCUGUCUUCUCUGAAAACAUUCCCUGAGAAAGAUGAGGCCUGCACACAAGCCCUUGAGUUUCUCCACAAGACAGAUCAACAACACACAAUGGCGGUCACCUCGACCAAAUCCACUGGCCCACUUAAAGAUGUAAGGACCUCACAGAAGGUGAACAGUUCAGGGAGCAGUGAUGACCAGCAAGACAAUGUCCAUGAAUUUAAUAAAAGGCCAGUGCCUAAAAGUUCACAAGAAUUAGGUUAUAAAACUUCCACCAACCCAGUGUGUGAGAAUGGCUCAGAAACAACCCAUAUAUGGACACCAACUGAAACCAACUUAGAUAUUACUUCACAUUGCAAUAUAGAGGCGGGAGCUGAUAUUACCAGUAUUAAUUCUAAUGCACAAAGCAUCUGUGAUAAACAAUUUGUUGAUGGCUCUGUAGGAAAUGUGGAGAAGACAGAUAGUGGUGAGCCUGUAAAGUGUGUAGGAAAAAGUUUUGAAACAAAAGAAGCAGUUGAAAAUCCCGGAACAAGUAGACAGGUGUUUAAGAAGAGAUCGCAUCAAGUGUUGGAGAUGAUCCUCUUAAAGGCAGGACUUAAUUUGUACGCUGGAAAAUUUAAGACAGCCCUUCAUUUCCUUCAGGUCGGAAAUAAAUCUGUUACAUUUUCUUUUUGACAAAUUACAUAUUUUAUUUAUCUUUAAUUUUGAUUGUUACAUUGCUUGUUAUUUUAACAAACACUAGCAAUUAUUCAGAAGAUAAAGUGGCUAAGACACCCUAUUGUUGUUGCUUUCAUUGUGUAAGGCCAGAUCAAUCUGUGCAUAUCACAUGUUAAAUUGAUCUGAGCUUUGUUUCUGCAACAACCCCCUCAUGUUUACUCUGAAUGUUUUUUCAGUCUGUCCUGGGCUUAAAGAAAGUUCCAGACCUCCACCUAAGGCUAGUGGAGCUACUGACCAGCUCUGAUUUACUUGUUCUGUGGUUGAGCUACAUUUAUGUUCUUGAAUGGCGCCACUUGCCACCUUGCUUAUAUAGCAUUUCAAAUGAGAAUCCUGGAAGGCUAUUGUCCAAGGUGUGUUUUUGUGUAGAUUUGUUACUUUUGUGUCACAAUGAAAUAUAUUAUGAGAUUAUUUUUUUUGCAUGUUUUCCUUUCUGAUCUUUUAUAUUUAAAAAUGUUUUAAUGUCUUAUCUUUGUGUUUAUAUAUUCUUCAAUCAUAUUGAUUUCACUGUAUUAUUUAUAAUUUUUACACGUUAAAAUAUUUUUAAAUUAAUAAUCUGCCUGCAAGUUGUGACAUUGAGAUAUAUGUAUGAUUCAAUUUCAGUACAUGACUUAAUUUCACUUAAAAUCACCUAGUUUCACUAUGGAUUAAGAUAAAUUAUUGCUAAUAUUCAAUCAGGACCAUAUUACCUUGCCCUGGUCUUCUAAAAGCGAUCUCCAUACUUCUGUGGACAAUCUGGUGAAUCUGCACCAAACAGCCAUGAAAGUUUGGACAACUAGUGAGAAAGAUUCGGAGACCAUGGUGCAGUACACCAAGCUGGUCCAGUCUCUUGUAGCUCUCUACUUGUCACAGGGGAAGUAAGUAGUCAUUUUCUCAAGGGAAGUAAGUAGGUAUUCAGCAGGAGAAGGGGCUUUGAUAGCAAACAAAUUUUCCUUUCCCUUCAGCAUGCUGUGUUUAUUCAGUUCAUGUUGCAUUUAGUCAGUUAAUUUUGUGUUUGGUCAUUUAGUUAAAUUUGCAAUUAUUCAAUUAAUGAUCACUGAAAAAUUUCUAAUUGAUAUCUAAAAUUUCUUCAUUAUUGGAUUUUUAAAAAAAAUUAAGUAUGUAAUGCUUUCAAAUAUCAUAUAAAACACUUCUAAUUCAUUUGAUUUACACUUUAACUUACAAUAAAUCUCUGAAUCAAUUUUGUUUGGAUUGAACUAUAUUUAAAAGGAUAAUGAAUCACCUUCUGCCUCAUCUGGCCAUAAAAUCUUCUUUUGGAAUUCUAGGUUCUAAAAUGAUAACAUUGUUUUAUAACUCAAAGUGUUACGAAACUUAACUUUUUUUUGCUGUUGAAGCACAUCUCUUGGUGCUGUGAGUUGCUUCUAUCCUUUCUAGAUAAAAUCACUUGAAUUAGCUUAAAAUAGUUACAUUUCUAGUAGUGAAUUGUAUGUGGGGCUUACCAUGUCUGUGUUAGUAACAAAAAAUUAAAUGUAUGUUAGUCUGGGAAAAGCAUGAGUGUGAAGUUAGAAUUUAUUUCAUAUAGGGGAACAUAUGGUUGAAUAGCUAUAGGUUAUCUUGUAUGUUUAAAGUGUGGGCCCUGUAUUUCAGAGCUGCAGAGGCAGCCACAGCUUGUAAAACUGUUUUGAUAGAUCAACAACUAGUAGAUAUUUGGAUGACCACGGCAGACUUGUAUGCUUCCUCAAAUCAUUAUGAAGGUGCUAUUCAGGUAAAUGGAAUAUUUUUUUUAAUGGAUUUCAGAGCACAUUAGUCAACGUUUUUUAAAUUCCUAAAUCUAGGAUAAUGCUGCUGUUCUGUUGACCUAUGUUACAAGACUUUUCUGUUGAGGUCUAUAUUGAUGUCUCUAUUAAGAACUCUGUUGAUAACUUAUUUCACCUAAGUUCAUUAACUUGAUAGAUUUUAUCAACAUGGAUUAGAUGUGUUUGAUUACAUUUUGUAACAAGUACUGACCUUUGUUGCCAACAUACGAUAUUAUGAACAGUGAGUGCACCAGUCAUACGUUAUAUUUAAAUGUUGUAAAUUGUGAAAGAAAUGACUAUGAUUGAUAUUAUUCAAAAACUAUGAGUAACGUAACAGUAUUUAAACUUACUUUUAUUAUAGUUAAAUUCAAUAGACUAUUAUAAUUUAGAGCAAUGGCCCAGUUUGUAUCAUUUACGUGUGGUGUAUGUUAAAUACUGUCUUGUGUUGUAUGCAGGUGAUACAGGAUGCUUUGAGAGCUCACCCUUACAGCACCAAGCUUCAGUUUCAUCAAAAUUUAUUUCUUGCUUCAAAGGUAAUCAAAUUAUUGAGCCAAUGGUAGCUGUGAUGUGGUAAAUCUUUUCAUUUGUUCUGCCUGUAAAUGAAGACGCUGAUACCUUUCAUCAUAAUGAUAAAACAGAGUGCUUUAUAGAGUUAAUGAAGUGAUACUGACGGCGUUAAUUUACAUGAACUGCACCUUGGUGUUGACUCAGUUGUAACUCUAUAUUUAUGUUGGUCCUCCAUCAGGGUGAAAGUGAGCUUGCACUGAAGAACCUAGAGCAGUUUGUGAUCUCACAUUUUGAGGCAAGCUCUAAACUUCUCCACCAUUUAGACCCAAACCUUCUCUACUGGUAAGUGAAGCACUAGUUGCUGUGACCAAUUUGGUGACCUGUGACAUUAUCAUUAGUCAGAGAUUUUUUUAUACUUCUGGUGAUUUUUUAAAUUUAAAAUGUAAAUUUUUUUGAUGGACUUGGCCAAGAAUUUGCAUUUAAUUAAUUACAAUAAUGACGUGAAUAAAUCACUAACUUCUUUAAUUUAAAAAAAAUACAUAUGUAGUUGAAAAAUAAAAGUUUAUCUCUUGCAGUCAACUUUUAAAACAAGAAGAGGCGCUUCACCUUCGCAUGGCAAGACUGAAAAAAGACAUUCCAAAUAAUUUACACAAAGACACUUACAUGUGGUUAUGUUACAGGUAUGUAUGUGUUGCAAUACUUUUUUUUUUUUGUUUUUUUUUUGGAUACAAAUUGUGUGAAGUAAGGAUUGAAUUAGCAUGCUUCUCGUGCCCAUGUUUCUAGGCUCUAGACUAAAACAUCAAAACUUCAGUCACUCGUAGUUCUCAAUCCCCUAAAAGAUGGGAUGAUUAAAAAAAAAGAGAGAGACAAGAUUGAGUGUGACAUUUAACAAGAAAGACUACGAUUAAUAUUUCAUGAUGGUGACAUAAAAUUCGCAUAGAUAGUUGUCCCCUGCCAACAUUAUCAUGAUAUAUUCAAAUUUGUUAAGGUUUUAAAUGGAGAGAAUAAGACAAGCAAAGCGCAUCUAUUUCUUUAUGACUAAGCAGGUAAUUGUGUGUAUAUUUUGACAUGUGUUGUGAGCAAGUUUAUUUGCUUUGAGCAUCUCAUUGCAGUCUGCUGAUGGAGUUACAAGGGGAGACAACAGACACCAUUGAAAUCUAUGAGAAGUCACUAACUCAAGCACAUUCUCCUGAAGAUCUAGUUGUGAUCUGGCAGAAGUAAGGAAUAAAAGUUGUAACAUCAUCUUAGUUUAAGUUUUACACUACCCAUAAAUCAAGGACUUUGUAACUUAGCUAAAAUUUACUCUCUCUUAAAAAAUCUGUAUAAUUUGUAUGGUUUAUGUCAUUUUCCUAAUGAUUUUUUUUUUUGAAUGAUAUAAAUGUUGAAUUUUGUUUGUGACCCAGAUAAUUAAAAAAAAUAUUCAACAGUUAUAUAUCAUACAUUGUGAGAUCUGGCUGUGGGUUCAAGGAUGUACGAGACAUAAUCUGCCGUUCUAUUAUCUCAAUGCCGACAAAACGGGACAUCCCAUUUUCUUCCUCACCAUCUGCCACCUGGCUGGAUUACACCCAUUACAACCAGUUGGUGGAGUCCUGGCUCUCUGUUCUGCCUGUGGAAGACAAAGUGAAUCUCAUGGAGAUGUGCCUCAGCUUUGUACCCGGGAAUGUCCAGCUGUUACUACGGUAAUGUUCAUGCCAGGAGCACACUGAUGAGCUCAGUUGGAAACAGUUUUAAUGUCAUUGGUUGUGAAAGUAUGGGUCAUGUAGAACAUUCAGAGGGUCACAGCAAACACUGAUCAAUGUUGUCAAUUUAAAUGUUUGUUGAAAUGGAUCAUUAUGGUGCACUAAAGGUUAACUCAUAGCUCAUGGGCGUUUGUUAGGAAAAUGAUGGAUUGAAAGUUGGGUUCAACGGAGCCUGAAAAUAGUUCUUUAAGAUUCAAAAAAAAAAAAUGCAAAUAUAGACAGACACACACACACACACACACAUAUACAAUAGUCCUUGAAUUGUAUGAAUUAUUUCAUGACAGAAAAAACAAAUGUUCAUUUUAAAUUCAUUUAUACACAGAAAAUUUUUAGAACUUUUUUCUGAUUUGAUGUCAAUAUCCAGUGUAAACAGUUGUUAAAAAAAAAAGCAGUGUUAUAGUUUAAAUUUAUAGUAUAAAGUAUAGACAUUGAUUUGUCUGUUUUUAAAGUAUACAAUGAGGCUAAUCCUAAGGUUAUUAAAGUGAUCUUUUUUAGCAAUUAUAAAGUGAUUUUGUUGACCAUUUCACUAGUAAAUUCAACUUGAGUAAAUUAAUAAAGGCCAGAUGCCGAGAUCCUGUGUUAGAAAUACCAAGUCACUAUUUCCACUCAGAAACCAUUGUUUUAUUUACUUCUAGAGCUGUUGAUCUGUGCGUGGAGCUGAAGGAAACCCGCCGGGCCUACAGCUGGUGUAAGAUGUCAGCUGCUCAAGUUGAUAGGCCAGCAACUGCUGCCUUCUGGAAAAUGUGAGUGUCCUACAUUUUUUUUUCAAAUUUUGCCAUUAUCUAUUGUGUAUGAUUUAUAAUUUACUGAUUCAAUGUAUGAAAUUAUGGGGAUGUGGCAUACAAAAUAUGAAACCGGAAUAUAGUUUUAAUAUUUAUGGAGCUUUGAUGAAGAAAAUGUAGGCUAAGCUUUGAUUUAUUUUCAAUGUAUAUAAUUCCUUUACAAACACUUUCUUUUUGUUUAACCCAACUUUACUUCCCAGGGCUGUUGCACUUGCACAUAUAGAAGGCACUCAGAGAGAGGUAUCUAUCUAUAAACUGUUUAACAAAUAAACAUAAAUGUAUAAUUAAUGCAUGGGUAUGUUAUAUUGAGUUACUUUAAUUGAUAUUAUUAUAAAUUGUUAUUAAAAGCCUGCAACUAUCUAUCUGUCUGCUUGCAUUCUCAUCUCCUUGCAAUGCACAUCAUUUUACUUUUGUCCAAUGAAAGCCUGAUGUUUCAGGUGGAGCAGAUGUUGAUUGGCUGUGUGGAGACUAUGCCUCUUGCUGUUUCAGGAUGGAAAGAUGUAAAAGAAAUCUGUUGUUGUUGUGUCCUUAGAAUACUCAAUAAGCUGGCAGUAGUUUAUUCCCUAAAACAGCAUAGAUUAUUAAGAAAGGAAUUAAUGUUUCAUUUCAGUGUAGUUUCUUUUAAUAAAAUUCUUCAUAAAUUUUAAGGCUUUGCUGGAAAAAAAAAAUUUUUGAAUGUAUUUUCAAGAUACUUAAAAGAAAUUUUAAUCUUAAAGACAUAACUCAUUUUUAAAUCUUUUAUUCAGACACAGGUUAGAGUUUACAGAGAGAUUGACUGUAGUUGUAAAAAUAUGUUCUUAUUCAGUGUUUCAGGAGACUUAAAAUUUAGAGAGAAAUACAUUGUUUUUCAUGUUUUUUUUUUAAAAAAAAUGUAAGAAAAACCUGAAUAGUAAAAAAAAUUUUCAUUGAGAUUAUGUUUCUGAUUUUUUCAGUUCCUACUGUUUGAGGUAUCACGGGAAAACUUGGGAGCAGUUGAAAUUUUGCUGACUCAUUGUCGCCAGUUAGGACUUAAUAUAGACGGAUUUGUGGCCACGAUCUCGGCCACAUGAAUUGGUAAAACUGAAUCUAAUUAACUUACUGUUGAUCAACUUGUCUGCAUCAAUUUGGAAUAAGUCCUAAUGGGACCAUAAGAAGUGAAGUGAUUUUAACUUGCUCUAGUGGUUCUCAAAUUAGUUCAGACCUACCAAAACUUGUAGGGUUUUUUUUUUUUAAGCUUACCAGUAGCAAAACAAAAUUUAUCUUCUCUAGAGGUAAAUUGAAAAGGAUAUUAAUAGACUAGGUGC